UAAUAAGUCAAAUAAAAAAGAGAAGAAUUUUUUUUUGGUGUAAAGUUAACAUACGUGUUUCAGUUUUCAACGAGGAAGAAAAAAACUGGAACAUAAAUUAAAGGAUGAAUAGCAAUACAUCAGUUUUUAUUCAACAGUCAUCAAAUUUUCAAUUUCUUUCCGUUUGUCACUAUAUUAAUAUUUUUGGUCUCUAUUUUUAUAACAAAAAUUUAAUUACAUUUGAAAAGCAAAGUGAUACGAUUUUUAUUUUAAAUACUUUGUUCGAGUAUUUAAAUAAAUCGAAAAAUGAAUCCAAGGCGAAACUUCAAUUACUUAGGAAAGUAUUAAAAGGAAGUGAUCUUUAUGGUGGUGGAGAAAAUGAAACACUUGACAUGAAAUACGUUGAUGAAACAUAUCAGUACAUCAUUAGUAAGGCUCUAUUUUCUCACUAUGGAAAUAUUAAUGGUUAUUUGGCAAAAAUAAUUAACGUUGCUGAUAAUUUGAAUUAUUUAGCUCUUAGGGAAAAAGUGUUUCGACAUUUUUUGAAAAAUUACGAAAGUAGAGAAUUUUGUUUCAAUAAUUAUUCGACGAAAACUUAUAAUAAUUCUUUAGGAAUUGAUUUCAAUAAUAUUUCUCCGAAAAAUUAUAGUUCAAAAUUCAGUAUUUUAACAAUUAAACAAAUUUUUUACAAUUACAUUUGGUCAAUAUUUCCCGAACCCGAACAAGAUACAAAUAUAAUGGAAGUGAAUUAUAUAUACGCAAUGGUUGGUUUAAAAAUUGUUAGAUCUCUAUCCGACGUAUCGAAUCUCACAUUUCAAGAAUAUAUUUUAAUAGCCCGCGAAAUUGAUUUACACGAUUAUCAUAAUGAAACUUAUGAAAUGAUAUUAAAAUUAUUCUCAACGUCGGCAUUAUUUUUUUACGCUCACAAUAAGAAGGAAAAAUUUCAAAAAAUAGAUUCUAAUCUAACUAAUGAAUUUUGGAUUGAAGCUUAUGAAAAUUUAUUCACUCAUAUUACAUUCACAAUGCGUCGUAUUGUACGCGAGGAAUUAAAAACAAGUCUACAUUAUCAAUUGGAGAAAAAAAUUAAUUUACUAAAAAGUCGUACAUUCAUUGCCUCUGAGAUAUUACAUUUAUAUUGUAAUUAUGAGAAUUAUAUGAAAGUACCGCAUAUUUAUGUGGCUAUUUAUAAAACUUUAUAUCUUUGGAUAACAAAACUUUUAUUACCCAAUGAUUGUCAUUCUGAUCUUCCCGAUUUGGAGAAAAUUUAUUACGAUCAAUUUUUAAAUGUUGAGGAAAUAUAUAAUAAAAUUGAAAGAAAUGCAAUUGAAAAAGUUUUAAUUGACAGUAAAAUAAUAGAAAAUUACACGGAGGUUAGUAUAAUGUUAGCACGUGUUCCUGAUUAUCGUAUGCAUUGCAUGUAUUGUGCUCCUAUACCUCGGAUGAUAAAUACAAAUAUUUAUCUUUUAUUUGCUGUGAAAAAAAAUGAGGAAAUUAAUUUUUAUGCUUUUAAACAAGAAAAUAAUACUCUAUCUUUGUUAAGAAACAGAGGAAAUGAACAGGAGUUUGCCAAAGCUGUUGCUAAUGAUUCAUCGUUAAAAAUGGAAAUUGCAGUGUUUGCUAAAAAUUUGAAAUACUACAAUGAGGAUAGAGAGGUGUUUAUCAAAAGGGUCGCUGACAUAAAAACGGCAUUAUUUUUAAAUAAAUUAAAAAUGUACUAUUAUGACGAAACAUUAGGGGAGAAAUUUUUAAAUUUUGUCAAAUCACUUAUUCCAUUUUACAGUUGUAUUGAAAAUAUAAAAGGGGACAAUUUAAUAGCGGCUGGAUUUAGUUGCACUAUGGAUAUAUUUACACUGAUUCCAAUAAUUGCAUUUGCUGCCAAAUACACAACUACAGUUAGUAAUUUAAUAGUGGAAAUUGGAGAAAAGUAUCUAAUCACUAAUUCACUUCUCAGAGCGGUUAAUAUAAAGCUACCUUUAGUUACUACGUUUAGACAAAUUUCCCAAAUGAUCGUUCAAAGUGUAGCUAAAGAGAUUUUGACCAAACAAAUGUUAAAAGAUUUAACGAUAGCUUCUCUUCGAACUAUAGAUCCGGGUUUUGAAUUAUCAUAUCAGAUAACUAGAUUUGGAUUUCAUGUAUUUCGUAAAGUAUUCCGAAAUAUGAUAACAAAUUUUCGUAAUAUUCCCUUUUUGCAAAAUACCCUUGUUUUUGUGAAAUCGUUAAUGAGAAAUUUAAAAUUAAAAAUGAGGCUUAUUUCCGAUGAUAGUGGAUUGGUACCAGUGAUUCUAGCCAAAAGUAACGAUUACGAAAUUGUUAGAUACCUCUAUCCAGGUGGAUCGCAUUUUUUUGGACCCACUUGCCUAAAAUCUUUAGGAAAUACUGCAGAAUUAAGAAGCAUUGAGGGAUAUUCAUUUACCCUACCAGUUGUGAGGGAAAAAUCAGGUUUCUACAAACAAUAUAAUCCAAAAACUGGUGGUACAAUUGAUAAUUUAAAAAUGAAUUCUAAUGAUGUUCUCCAAAGAGUUGGGAAUUUAAUAAACGAAAUGAUUAUCAAUGGACGUGAUGUAAAUAUAAUUCAUAAUUAUCAUGUUUAUCAUAAUAGAAUAAAUUGGAAUCCACCUGCUGAGGUAAAUCCAAAUCGGGAAACAAUUCAAAAUUCCGUUAAUGAAUUUCAAGAAGAGGGAACAUCAAAUAAUGAAGGUGACAAUUUCGAUCAAUCGGAAACGUCAAAAGAAACAAAAUCCAAUUUUGAUUUGUAUUCAAUGACACUGAAGGAUCUUCUAAAUACCGGUGAAAAGCCACCACCAUCUGUUAAAACGCUCUCUGAUUUUGCCGAAUCACCACCGCCGGUGAAUUGGAAAAUUAAAAAUUCAAAUUCUGAUGUGAAAAAUAAUUUGAAAACUUCGGCAAAUAAACGAAAAUUAGAAGAACCAACCAGUGGAGAAGGGAAAAAAUUUCUCAUUACCGAAGUAAAAAUAAUUUCUCAACCAUCGACGUUUGUAACGAUACUAAAUCCAAAAUUUUAUCAAACUCUCCUAAAGGAACCAAUAUAUUUAAAAUACGUCGAAAUUCUUUUUGAUUGGCAAAAAAAUGGAUUAUCCACAUUAAAAAUAGAGGGAAAAAUAAAUUUUUUACGCACUGCUAUUAAUAAAUUAACUCUUCUUCAUUUGGAACAAUCAUUUCCAAUGGAAAUACCAAAAAAAUUAUGGUACACCCAAACAAUAAAAGGAAGGAAUAAUAUUGAUUUUAUGAAAAAUUUAAAAGGUAAAUCAUUUUUUUUCAACGAUAUCACAUUAUUGAAAAAUAAACCACCGGGUCCAUUGGAAUUUAAUAAUUGGCAUCAAUUUCAUAGUGAAUUUGAAGUACGUUAUCAUAUUAAAAUUUUAUCAUCAAAUGGAUUUUUAGAUUUAAGCAAUUUUCAUGAUGAAUUCAAAAAUAAUUAUAUUACAUUCAAUGAUGUGCUAUUUACUGUAAAGGAUACAUUUUUCACUGCUAAUAAUAAGGUACUAAAUAUUGAAUUAGUAAAUCAGGAAAUUUCCAUCGAUUUAUGGAAAAGACAUAGAAAAUUAGAUAUGAAGAAUUUAUUAAUUGGAGAUAUUACCAAAACUGAACGAAUGAAGGCAAUUGACAAUGCCGCUGAUUUAAUAACAGAAAAUACGCCACUUUGUACAUUUACAAGUGUAAAAAAAUUUCUCUCCAAUUAUAUUUUAGCAAUAAAAUUAAAUAAUGAUAAUUUUGUUCCAACUUAUAAAAUGUUUGCCGAGGAUGUAAAUUCAAUGAUGUAUCAUUAUUCUUAUACUAAUUGGAAAAUUGAAAAUAAUCCCCAUAUUCAAGAUGUGUUAAUAAAUUAUAAUUUAGAUGAAACCAUUGAAUUAAAGGAAGCAAAACGAAGAAUUGAUGAUGUUUAUGAUGAAAUUUAUUUUGAAAAUAUUGAAAUUACUUUUGAAAAUUAUCAAAAAAUACCAAAUGUCAAUAGAUAUUUUCGAUUUGAAGAUUAUUAUGUUUUACAUUCAUUGAUUAAUAAUAAAUUUGUUAUGAAUAAAAAUGGAAUAAGACGUUUUGAAGUUGCCAUAAAUCGACUUGGUAUUAGACAAUGUGAUGAGGAAUUAAUUAAAAAACCAAUAACACUCUAUCGUGGUGAAUUAAUAACAAAAGAAAUGUCUGAAAAACUUAUUGAAUCAUUGCGUAAAGAUAAUAUUGUUGCAUUUGAUAAAUUUAAAAAAUUUUCACCACAUCGCGAUAUUGUAUUAGUAAAUUGUUUAAAUCAAAUUGAUUCCCCUUCGUUUGUUUCGUUAAUUAUUGAAGUUACAUUAAAUAAUCGUGCUGGCGUUACGGAUGUUAGUCAAUUUUUAAAAGACAAUCAUUUAGUACAUAUUGUUACAUCGGAUUUUGAAUUUGUAUUUGACGAUUGGAGUCAUAGUAAAAUUCUCAAUGAGGAUAUUUUAAUUAUGCGAAUGCAUGAUAAUACGAAAAUUUCAACUGAAAAACGUAUGAUUCAAAUGUCAAAGAAAUUACAUGAAUUAUUUUCCACUGAUACGAAAUUUUAUUCCGAUGUCAUUGAAAUUUCAGAUUAAUAUAUAUAUUUUUUUUUCAUUUUUGUUUCAUUUAUUUUGUAAUUAAUUUUAUUUCAUUAAUUUGUAAUUAAUUUCUAAUUAUUUCAUUUGUAAUUAUUUUCUAAUUAAUUAAUUUUAUUUCAUUAGUUUGUAAUUAUAAUUAAAUCAGGGAAAUUAUAAUAAAAAUCUAAUUUUAUAAAUACA